CCCGUGCGUGGCCCCGCCCUCCUCGUGCGUGGCCCCGCCCCGCGCGCCAUGCGGACAGGCCCCGGGGGCGCCCGGCGGGCCCGCGGCGGCGGCGCGGGGGGGGGGCGCGGGCGGGCGGCGCCGGUGCCGGUGCCGGUGCCCGGGGCGGGGCCGUGCCCGCCGCCCCCCCGCCGCUGCCCCCGCCCGCUGCCGCUGCUGCUGGCGCUGGCGGCCGCCGCCGCCUUCCUCUACGCGGCCUGGCCGCAGGGCGAGCGCGGCCCCGCCGGGAGCGCGGGGGGGGGCCGCCCGCAGCACCCCGGGGGGGCCGGGGGCCGCCCCGAGGCCGAGCUGCGGCAGCUGGCGGCGGCGCUGGAGCCGCGGCGGCUGCGCGACGCCUUCCUGCGGCCCCUGCUGCGGCCCCGGGUGCCCGGCAGCGCCGGCAGCCGCGCCGCCCGCCAGGUGAGUGCCACCACCGUGGGGGACACCGGGGACGUCCCCGAUGCCGCCGCGGUGACACCGGCGUCGUCGCAGCACCUGGCGGCCCGGCUGGGCGCCCUGGCGGCCGGGUGGCACCUGGAGCUGGACGCCUUCGAGGCGGCAACGCCGCGGGGGCCGGUGGCUUUCGCCUCGCUGGUGGCCACGGCGUCCCCGGGCGCCCGCCGGCGCCUGGCGCUGGCUUGUCACUACGACAGCAAGGCGCUGCCGCCCGACGCCCGCGGCCGCCCCUUCGUGGGUGCCACCGACUCGGCGCUGCCCUGCGCCUUGCUGCUGGAGCUGGCCGCCGCCCUCGACGCCCGCCUCCGCGCCGCCGCCGCCCAGGGCGCCGAGACGACGCUGCAGCUGCUCUUCCUGGACGGCGAGGAGGCCUUCGGCGAGUGGAGCGCCGCCGACUCGCUCUACGGCGCCCGGCACCUGGCCGCCCGCAUGGCCGCCGCGCCCCACCGCCCCGGCGGCACCCAGCUCGGCGCCAUGAGCCUGCUGGUGCUGCUGGACCUGCUGGGCGCCCCCGAGCCCCGCAUCCACAGCCACUUCGCCCGCACCCACGCCUGGUUCCUGCAGCUCGUCGCCAUCGAGAAGCGGCUGCACCACCUGGGGCUGCUGCGCGCCCACCCCCGGGAGCAGAUGUACUUCCAGCCGGGCCCGGCGCCGGGGCCCGUCGAGGACGACCACGUCCCCUUCCUGCAGCGAGGCGUCCCGGUGCUGCACCUCAUCCCCACGCCGUUCCCCCGCGUGUGGCACACGGCCGAGGACACCGAGGCCAACCUGGACCCGGCCACCGUGGAGAACCUGGGCCGCAUCCUCGCCGUCUUCGUCGCCGACUUCCUCCAGCUCUGAGCCCCGGCCGGGCCGGGCCGCGGCGUCACCCGUGGGCCACCGUGUCACGCGUGGGCCACCGUGUCACCCAUGGGCGGUGUCACACGUGGGCUGUGUCACGCGUGUCACUGCGCCGGGAGCUGGCAGUAAAGUCAUCCACGCCCAG